GGGUAGGUCGCGUUUGACCUCAUCGGCGGAAGAUCGGUGUCUCCACACUCAACACGCAAUCCUCUCACCGCCGUACCUCGAGCGAUAGCUGACUGUCGCCAUGCCCGACGGCGAUCAGACCAUCGACGGAGAUUACGAAUACACCGACUAUCACAUCUUCCCUGCUGCUGGGCACGAUAGGUUGUUAUCUUGGAGGGCUGGAGCGGGGAGUGUGCUCAUAGCCGUCCGAGAGGGCAGACCGCGAAGAACGGAUACAGAACAAGAUGAUGUGCUCGUUCCUCAAGGGAAUAGGGUGAUGGUUAUGCAGGCAACAGUUAGAUUAGUGACGAAGAGUGCCUAAGGAAACAGAGAUCGGUGCAGUCUAUAACCCAUUUCAAUGUCCAGCAUCACGAUCCGCAACCAGGACCAGUGAUCGGGUGGUUUUGGGGUAUGGGAUGACAUC